AUGGGCCUCGUGCGCUUCAACAAAAAGGCACUACGAAGCUUGGAGCCGUUCCAGAGGAGGAAAAUCACAACCAUAUGUUCUAUCAGUGUUGCACUUGCAUUUCUGCUAAUAUCACUGGCCCAGGACCUGUCAGAAGACUCAUCCAGUCGGGGUCGGAGGCUCUACGAAGAUGAUCCCAGCACAACCGCAUCCCCGAAGCUCUACCCUGCCGACCUGCUCCUGAACGAGCCGUACGAGGAUGAGCCAACAGGCAGGAAGUUCUUAGCCCUUUUCCAUUGCGUUGGCAUCGCCUACAUGGUUCUUGGGUUGAACACUGUUUGCGACGUCUAUUUCGCGGGCUCCAUAGACUUGCUUUGUGACGCCUGGAGCUUGACACCCGAUGUUGCUGGAGCAACCUGGAUGGCGGCCGGUGGAUCUGCGCCGGAGUUCUUCACGUCCAUCGUUGGCGCUACAAUUGCGCAGAAUGAUGUUGGUUUUGGCACCAUUGUUGGGUCUGCCGUGUUCAACGUGCUCUUUGUCAUCGGCUUGUGCGGCUACGUGGCCAAAGGAAAUAUCGAGCUCACGUGGUGGCCGCUCUUUCGGGACUGCACGUAUUACAUCAUCUCCCUGGGCGUGUUGGCUGCCUUUACCUACAACCAGACCAUUGCAGCCUGGGAGGCAGCCAUCCUCUUCACCCUUUAUAUUGGUUACGUUUCCUUCAUGUUCAUCAACAGGCCUUUGAACAUCUGGGCGUACCAGAAAACAGGCACGCCAUUGAAUAAAGAGCUUCGUGAAUACGUGGAGCAGAUGAGCAAGUCCAAGACCAAAGUGGAACCGGAGGAAGUAGUAGUGCCCAGCACGGGCGAUCCGCCAGCAAAGCCAGAAGUAGAAGCUGACCAACCAGAGCCAGCAAAAGACAAUUACAUGAAGGAAGACCGGGUCGUCGAAAAGGCGAAGCCUGAUGAGGAGGAGAAGCAGGAUCUGGAGAAGCCAGGAACGGCUGCGGAUGGUGAGGACGAGGAGGAUGACGACGAUGAUGACGAGCCGGAAGACUUCAUGAUGGUGCCGGAAGGAACAUGCAACAGAAUACUCUGGGGCCUUGGCCUUCCGGUUUACGUGCUUCUGUACUUCACGUUGCCUUGGCCUUCCAAAGGCUCGAAGCUUUUCAUGCUCACCUUCGGCUUGUCUUUGAUUUGGAUUGGAGCCUUUGCCUUCCUGCUGGUCUGGUGGACAGACACCGUGACGACGGUUCUCGGAAUACCCACCAUCGUGUCGAGCGUCACCUUCUUGGCUGCCGCAACUUCUAUCCCGGAUGCUGUUAGCUCCAUGGCCGUGGCCCGGAAAGGACAGGCGGACAUGGCAGUCAGCUCAUCCGUUGGUUCCAAUAUUUUCGACAUCUUAGUUGGUUUGCCCAUUCCUUGGCUUAUCAAGUGCGCGCUGGAAGCAAACAAUCCUGAAUUCAAGGGUGUCAGCAUCCAGUCGCCGUAUUUGAUGUUUUACACUUGCGUCCUCCUUGGGAUGGUGUUUGGCACUGUCCUCAGCAUCAAGAUCUGUGGCUGGAAGCUGACAAAAGCAUUGGGUGGCUGCAUGGCGGUCCUGUAUUUUGCUUUUAUCAUCACUACAGUGGUGGUGGAGCUGACGCGACCAGUGUGGCUAAUGACGAACCCACCGACGUAG